AUGACUGGCAAAGGCAAUUAUACAUGGUCCGACGGCGGAAAAUACAUAGGUGAUUUUAUUAAUGGCAUCAAAACUGGCCAAGGCACAUACAUGUGGCCCGAUGGCACCACGUACGAAGGAGAUUUAAAACAUGACAAACAGCAUGGUAGAGGUACAAAAACAUGGAUCAGUGGUGACAAAUACAUAGGUGAAUGGGUUAAUUACAAACAGCACGGUCGAGGUACAAAAACAUGGAUCAACGGCGAUAAAUACAUAGGUGAUUGGGUUAAUGACAGGACAACUGGUCAAGGCACAUACACAUGGUCUAAUGGCACUAAAUACACAGGUGAAUGGGUUAAUGACACCGCAACUGGUCAAGGCACAAAGACGUGGUCCAGCGGUAAUAGAUACGAAGGAGAUUUCAAAGAUGACAAACAGCACGGACAUGGUACAUUAACGUGGUCUAAUGGCACUAAAUACACAGGUGAAUGGGUUAAUGACAGCGCAACUGGUCAAGGCACACAGACGUGGCUCAAUGGCGACAGGUACGAAGGACAUUUCAAAGGUGGCAAGAUGCACGGACGUGGCACAUUUAUAUGGUCUAAUGGCACUAACUACACAGGUGAAUGGGUUAAUAACAUUAGAACUGGUCAAGAGACACAGACAUUGACCAAUAGUAGCACUUACGAACAAGAUUUGAAAACAAACAAACAGCACGGUGAAAGUACAAAAACAUUGAUUAAAGGCAAUAAAUAUAUAGGUGGUUCAGUGAACGGUAUCAGAACUGGGAAAAGCACAUACACAUGGCCUAAUGGCGAUAGGUACGAAGGAGAGGUCAAAGGUGGCAAGAUGUACGGACGUGGCACAGUCACGUGGUCCAACGGCGAUAAAUACAUAGGUGAUUGGAUUAAUGGCAACAUGCAUGGUCGAGGUACAAAAACAUGGAUGAAUGGUGCUAAGUACGAAGGAGAUUACAAAGACGACAAGCAGCACGGCAACGGUACAUACACGUCGACCAGUGGUGAUAAAUACAAAGGAGAAGGGGCCAUUUAUUAA